AACGUCCGUCUCAAUUGUCCAAUCCAUCCUUUCUCGUGUCCCGCUCAAAAUGUCUUCCGCAGAUCCAUCGUACCUCCCAAGACCAGACAGUAGCAACUGGCGUCAUGCCAGCACCAUCAUCACCGCUCCAUCGAAGCACAUCGACGUUCCUAACUCCCAACCUUACUCCUUCCGUCUGCACUACGUCGACGUGCCAGCGUACAACAGAAAGGCCGGGACAGCCGAUGCAGCGGUGAGAGGCACGGUGUUGCUGAUCCACGGCUUUCCCCAGACCUGGUACCAGUGGCGCCAUGUUAUCAACCCAAUCGCCAAUGCUGGUUACCGAGUGGUCGUGCCCGACUACCGCGGCGCAGGUAACUCUCAGGCCCCACCGAGCAAUGCCGGCCAUGCGGGUGGCAUGGGAGGCGGAUAUACGAAGCUUGUCAUGGCGGACGAUCUUCGCACGCUGCUUCGAGACCACCUCGGGAUCAAGGAGAUGGUGCAUGUCAUUGGUCAUGACAUUGGGGCCAUGGUCGGCCACGCAUACGCAAGUUUCUUCGCAGACGACACCAAGAGCUUUGUAUGGGUUGACUGCCCACUGCCCGGCACAAAGAAUUAUGACGACUGCAAAGCAGCGUCGACGGACACCUGGCAUUUCAUCUUCCACAACGUUCAGGAUGAUCUGCCAGAGAGGCUUGUUUCGGGCCACGAAAGAACAUACAUGCGCCACUUCUUCGACAGGCUCUGCGUCAAUCCAUACGCCAUUGUACCCGGCGGUGAGGACGAAGACGUAUAUGUCACCGCCUACACGCGUCCAGGGGCCAUGCGAGCCGCAUUCGACACCUACCGCACCUUUGACGAAGACUCGCGCCAGAACCGAGAGCUGGUGAAGAAGAUCGGCAAGGGCAAGGUUCCCGUGCUAUCCCUGCCUGGUGGGGGAAGCUUCAACUAUGCCAGGUCGGAAGAGCAGCUCAAUGAGCUCUACGAGAAUGUCGAGGCGUCGUUUGUGCCGAAUGCCGGGCACUACAUCCCCGAUGAGCAGCCGGAGGGGUUCGUGGAGAAGGUUGUGCCCUUUAUCCUGAAGCAUAGUAAAUAGACGCGUCCUCUUAGCCGUGGUGAUGGAGUGUGGUAGAUGAUCACAACACGAUUCUAGAGAGAUGGCGUGCGGCGAUGUCCGGAUGACUAAUCCCCAAACUCAGCACGGUCCAGCAAUUGUCGACUUCAUACAAACCCUGAACCUUUCCCCGUUG